CCCAGUCCUUGCUGCUUAUCAAUUUUGGUCUUGUGACGGGACAACACUGCUCACGAUAACUAAGAGCUCGUUUAUCCUGUGCUAGCGGUAUGUGAAAUAAAAAAAAAAGCUAUUACCGCCCUGUUGUUUUCUGUUUAAAGUUUGAUAUAACUCCUAAAAAGCCCCAACGUAUUACAAUUGACUUGACACCAUGCGGCCUUACCAGACUUGCUGUACAAUAUGUUUAGGUUUAAUUACUAUCAGCAUCUUCUUCAUUAUUGAAUGUUUGCAAACUAGAAUUCCUGGCCCUAAUGUAUGCAGAUCAAGAACAAGGUGUUGUCGUGGAUGGAGACUCUCCUCUAGUGGAAGAUGCAUUGUGCCUGUUUGUAUGAACUGUGAUGGUCAAGGCUGCGUAUGUGUCGCCCCAGGAAGGUGUGUCUGUUCGAGUGGACAUGGUAUCACUAAAAGAGAAGUCAACAAAGUUAAUCAGAAUAUUAAAGGUAACUGUAUAGACUUAAUGUCGCCUUGUUCUCACAAGUGUUUGGAUCUGCCCAAUAAAACAUACACCUGUUCUUGUAAUGCAGGUUAUAUUCUCAAUCAGGAUAAAAGAACAUGUGACAAAGCAAAUUCAGAAAUUAAAAGUGAAAGUUUUUUUCAGAUUUUUCCUGAACUUCAAUUAAACAGCCAAGAAAAAGAAGAAAUCAAUAAAUUAAUAAAAGAUGAACAUUUUCUCAAAAAAGUUUUUUCUGACAUAAUAUUUCUCCUCUGGAGUGAGGAAUACGAAGAUCCUAAGAGAGAAAUACAACUUUUGGAUUAUGUUCAUGAAAUAAUAAACUGGAUACUCAUGGGAAAUACGGAUAUUUCUAAAUAUAGAAAAAUAUUUAACAUAAACAAAAAUCCUGGAACAAUCUUGGAAGAUAUAGAAUCAAAAAGUAAAGGCGUACCCCAGAGUCUUGUUAAAGUAAGAAUGAUUAUAAUUUUAUCUCUUUUCAAAAAUAGUAAUGUUGAAGAGGACAAAAUGGUACCGGUAAGUGAUAAAAAUAUGAAGGAGAAUGAUAACAGAACAAAUAACAGAAGAAUGAAUUUGAACAACAGACAAUUAAAUGACAAAGAUUUAAACAAUAGAAAGUUGAAUGAAAAGGAUAGAAACAAUAGAAAGAAGAAUGAUCUGAGCAAUAAAAACAUGAGUAAACUUGAUGUGAACAACAAAGAGACUUAUAACAGUCAGAUGUUUAAGAAAGAAAAUGCAAUUAAAGACAAAAACCUAGCUAACAAUAAGAUAUACACUACAGAGAUGUAUGAUAAAAUAUUGAAGGAGCAAGUUGUACUUAAUAGAGUGACGACCAAUAAAAAUAAUUCUGGCAUAAGAAUGAAUGGCAGAGAAUUGGUGGACACCAAAUUUGUCAACAAACCAAUGUAUAAUAAAAUGAUGCUAGAAAAAUCCAUAAUUGACAAAGAGAAAUUUGACAUGGAGAAAAAGAUAUUUGAGAAAGAGAUGUUUGAGAAGAAGAUUUCUGAGAAAGAGAAGAUGUUUCAGAAAGAGAUGCUUGAGAAGAAGAUAAAAGAGCAACAAAUACAAGAGCAAAAGAUUAAUGGCAAAAAUGUUAUAAACCAAAUCGUAAAACAAGAUCAUGAUCUGGAAAGGGAAAACCCUUAUAAACUUAUUGCGUCAAAAAAUAUUGAGGUAGGAACCAAAUAUAUUUCUUCUGCUUAUUUUCCAACAACAGAGAAACAUUUCAAUAAUCCGAUCCAAAAGUUGACCAAUCGGAAAAAAACAAUGAAUCCUCUCUACCAAAUGAGAGCACCAAUGAAAAAUGUAAGACCAAAUAUAUUUCCAAGUCAACAAACAAUGAAAAAAAAAAAUCCUAAUGGAAAACGCCAGCAAUCAACUGACUUAAAAAGCAUGGGAUUAUAGGGGAGUGGUGUUAGAUGAGUAAAUGAGCAUGGGGAUAUAGGUCAUUGGUGGUAGAUAUCCAUAAAGGCAUGGGGAUAUAGGUCAUUGGUGGUAAAUAAAUAAAAAAGCAUGGGGAUAUAGGUCAUUGGUGGUAGACAAAUAAAAAAAGCAUGGGGAUAUAGGUCAUUGAUGGUAGAUAUCCAUAAAGGCAUGGGGAUUUAAUGGGGAUAUAGGUCAUUGGUAGUAGAUAAAUAAAAAAGCAUGGGGAUAUAGGUCAUUGGUAGUAGAUAAAUAAAAAAGCAUGGGGAUAUAGGUCAUUGGUGGUAGACAAAUAAAAAAGCAUGGGGAUAUAGGUCAUUGGUGGUAGAUAUCCAUAAAGGCAUAGGGAUAUAGGUCAUUGGUGGUAGGCAAAUAAAAAAGCAUGGGGAUAUAGGUCAUUGGUGGUAGAUAUGCAUAAAGGCAUGGGGAUAUAGGUCAUUGGUGGUAAAUAACUAAAAAAGCAUGGGGAUAUAGGUCAUUGGUGGUAGACAAAUAAAAAAAGCAUGGGGAUAUAGGUCAUUGAUGGUAGAUAUCCAUUAAGGCAUAGGGAUAUAGGUCAUUGGUAGUAGAUAACCAAAAAAGCAUGGGGAUAUAGGUCAUUGGUGGUAGACAAAUAAAAAAGGAUGGGGAUAUAGGUCAUUGGUGGUGGGCAAAUAAAAAAGCA